UGCCUCUGCCUUCUUCCGGUUCCUUUGUAAAUCUACUUUCAUUAGAAGACGCUUCACAAAACUCAUCUGAUUGACUCACCAACUGAUUCUAUCACCGAGACCGAGGCAAUCGUUGUUGCGAGAAUGGCUUUCAGGCUGGUUACUAGGAAUCUCAGGAACAGAAUUUCGUUCAAGCUACGUUCUGCUUCUUUGUUACAUUCACACGCCACGAGUUUUGGGUUUAAAGAAGUACGAGAAGAAGAUAAAAGCCAAAUGGUUGGCAAAGUCUUUAGCAAUGUUGCUUCAAACUACGAUCUCAUGAAUGACUUUAUGAGUGCUGGACUACAUAGACUGUGGAAGGAUAGACUGGUCUCCAAACUGAGCCCAUUUCCAGGAAUGAAACAUCUUGAUGUAGCUGGUGGAACAGGUGAUGUUGCUUUCAGGAUUCUGGAAAGUAUUAACAGCAUCAGGCACAGAGCAUUACAAGAUACAAUCAACGACGACUUACGGGAAGAAACUCGGAUAUAUGUGUGUGACAUCAACCAAAACAUGUUAAAUGUUGGAAAAAAUCGUGCCCUAGAGAGAGGUCUUGGAGAAGACAAAUCCCUUGUAUGGGUGCAAGGAGAUGCAGAAACCCUGAGUUUUGAAGAUAAUUCAAUGGAUGGUUACUCCAUUGCGUUUGGAAUUAGAAAUGUCACCCACAUAGAGAAAGCUCUUACUGAAGCUUAUAGGGUUUUGAAACGGGGAGGAAGAUUCCUUUGUCUUGAACUGAGCCAUGUUGAAAUUCCUGUAUUUAAGGAAUUGUAUGAUCUUUAUUCUUUCUCUGUCAUCCCGCGACUUGGAGAGGCUGUUGCAGGUGAUAGAGAAUCCUAUCAGUAUCUAGUCGAAAGCAUCCGCCGUUUUCCACCGCAGGAAAGGUUUGCUUCAAUGAUUGUGGAUGCUGGAUUUCAUAAAGUCGAGUACGAAAAUCUUGUUGGGGGCGUGGUUGCCAUUCACUCCGGUCUAAAAAUUUAACUGUCUAUCAGGCAAUUCUUUGUCCGACUUUCUCGAAAACCGAUUAUUAUCCGAAUUUUGCAACAACCGGUACCGUAAGCUUGCUUCUAUUUGGUUUAGAUGAAUGCCAUUGUGACAAGGAUCGAAGUUCAAGCAUGUUCAUCUGUUAUGCAUUCUCUGCAUUUUUUAUAUUUCUAUUAACGCGAGAGAGUUCUCUGCAUUUGUA